GUUUGUUCAAUCCUCGGGUCGACAAUAAUAAAUCGCAAAGCAAAAUAAUUUCUUACACUCCACAGCCUAAACCCAACCCUAAACCACAAAAACUAUAAAUAAAUAAUGGGUGGCUGUGCGAGUAGACCCAAGGAGUCAGACAUGAACAACGAAGGCUCUGUUCCUAAGCCUGUGUCUGAAGACGUAGUAGCCAAGGAGAUCAACACAGAAGAAACCGGUGAGAAGCAGAACCAGACGGAGACCACUGAAACAACUCCUGAGGAAACUAAGGAGACAUCUGAGGUCGAACCGACCAAGGAAACAGCUCCUACUGCUGAAGCAGAGGUUGCAGCAGCCGUGGAAGAGUCAUCUUCUGCUGGUGAGGUUGCAGCAGCAACUGAGAAAGUUGAGAACGUCGUGGCUGCAACAGAAAACGUUGAGGAGGUUGCGGCGAAAGAGGCUGAGGCCGAACCAGUGAAGGAAGAGAAAGAAGUUGUUGUCACCGUUUGAUUGGAUUAAAAAUGUGAAAAUAUUUUGAACGUUGCUGUAAAACCACCUUGAUUUGAUUUGCUACUACAUGAUUUAAUUAAUUGGCUUUGGUUGUUCUUUGUGUGUCAUAAUGAUUCUUCUUUUAUUAAUUUAAAUAUAAAUCAGUUUUGCUUCA